AUGUCACGCCCUGAGGAUAUCUUGCCUCCGGACCUAUUCUACGGUGACGAUGAGUCUCGAAAAUACACGACUUCAUCUCGUAUACGAAACAUUCAAUCAGACAUGACACAUCGAGCCCUCGAACUCCUCGACCUGUCAUCUCCGUCCCUCAUCCUCGACGUCGGCUGCGGCUCUGGCCUCUCCGGCGAAAUCCUCUCCCAAGAACCUCGCGAACAAGGUGGACCGCACACAUGGAUCGGAAUGGACAUCUCACCUAGCAUGCUGGAUGUUGCGCUUCAGCGAGGCGUAGACGGCGACUUAUUUCUCGCGGAUAUCGGCCAAGGAAUCCCGUUCCGACCUGGAACUUUCGACGCCGCCAUCAGCAUCAGCGCUAUCCAGUGGCUUUGCAACGCGGAAACAAGCGACGUCAGCCCAGAAGGGCGACUGCGGCGAUUCUUCGAAGGUCUCUAUUCGAGCUUGAAACGUGGAGGCCGUGCUGUCUGCCAAUUCUACCCGAAAAACGAUGCCCAGCGGACCAUGAUCAGUGGAGCUGCGAUGAGAGCCGGUUUUGGGGCAGGAAUUCUUGAAGAUGACCCCGGCACGAAGAACAGCAAACUUUACCUUGUUCUAACAGUUGGCGGUGGCGGUCUACAAGGUGAUAUCACCGGCGUUGUUGACGGUAUGAGUGACGUGAAUGUCUUGGAUGCCAGGAAAAGAGCGAUGGAGAAUGGCAAAGCAUCUUUGUCAAGAAAGGGUGACAAGGCCUGGAUCAUGCGGAAGAAGGAUCAAAUGACCAAGAAGGGCAAAAUCGUCAAAGCGAAUUCCAAAUAUACUGGAAGGAAGAGGAAAAUUGCAUUCUGA